AUGCAGAACAGGUUUCCCAUCUGCACAUCAUGUCUACAACUUAGGCGUCUUCCACUUUCCCCUCUCCGACGAACUCUCUCCUCGGCCGUUUCGCUGUCCAAGUCUAACUCCAAUAAAGUCCAGCUGCGCGACCUAGCUCCGUCAGAUAUUUCAUAUUACUGGGAUACAAAAGUCCCCGAUGAACCCAGACUAGCCUACGCCGACAAGUUCUUCAGCCCGUCGCGUCACUCCCCUAUUAAACUAUGGUCCGCGAGCAAAUUCCGCACGACUCCGUUGUCCUCCGUGGAACCGGAGGUCGCUUUCCUGGGGCGAUCGAACGCUGGAAAAAGCUCCCUGCUGAAUGCGGUCAUGGGGAAGGAGGUCUGUUGGACGUCAUCAAAACCGGGAAGAACAAGGGAAAUGAAUGCGUUUGGGAUUGGUGGGACGAAAGGAGGGGAGUCGAAGAUCGUAUUACUAGAUAUGCCAGGAUAUGGAAAAGCGAGUCGAGCGGAAUGGGGCAUUGAGAUUAUGAAGUACCUCCAAGGGAGAAGACAACUCCGACGCGCCUUCCUCCUCAUAGACAGCCUUCACGGAAUCAAGAAAACAGACGAGGAAAUUCUCAGGUUGUUUCGGAGCUACGCGAUCCCGCAUCAAAUCGUGCUAUCGAAAGUUGACAAAGUCUUAGCGAAGAAGAGGAGCAAGGUCAAGAGCGGCGUAUCAGCAGACAACGUUGCCUCUCUUCAAAACAUGCUGCAGGGGUUGAGACCAGUCAUCCAACCGGACGGCCAUGUAGAGGGCCCCGGGGCUCUAGGAGAGAUUCUGACCUGCAGCGCAGAGACAAUGAUGGGACGGGGACGAGCGUUAGGGGUCAGCGCGCUCCGCUGGGCCAUUCUUUCGGCCGCUGGUUUUGACGCGAACGUAGAGGUGAAAUCCGAGCCCGUCUCGCUUGUUUCUACUAUAUCGACAGCUACACCGUGA